CUAUACAGUCACUGGACAUUCCGAUUCGCCGUCCGACGGCUUAGUGCUUAAAUACCCGUUAUUUCUGGCAGAGUUGUGUGUCCGCUACUGUGCCGUAAAUUCAGGUGUGCGUCGAGUGGAUCGCGUUGUCGCAGCUGUAGAUCGACUGAAUUCAACAGUCCAUGUAAUUGGGACAAGUGGAGAAUGUAGCAAUAUCGAGUGGACGCUCGUUUCGUCGAUGAGCAGUUUCCGCGUUUACGUUGUGUAUGUUCGGUCGAUUUAUCUCGUCGAUUCUCCUCGUUACUAAGAGAGAGAAAGAGAGAGAGAGAGAGAGAGUGGGCGGAUCGAAGCGGAGAACACAUUCGACAGUGGAAUUGGAAUAUUAGUGAAGGAGAUAGACAGAGAUAAGGAGAAGAGAAACGUGAUCCUCAUCUGAAAGAUCGAAUACAGGCCGAUGAUCGGCGAUUUCGCCUUCUACCGAGCACGAAGGGCGAAAGGACAUCAUGUUGAGAUUUCUAUCGCGGCGAAGAGCACGCAGCGUCAGCGGCCAGACCUCGUCACAAAUAAAAAAUCAAAGAUUACCCAGUAAUAAAAACGUCGUACAGUGUAGGGUGGUGUUGUUGGAUGGCACAGAUUUGCCUAUAGAGCUGUCAAAAAAAGCACUGGCUAGUGACUUAUAUGAGCAAGUAUUUUAUAGCCUAGAUCUAAUAGAAAAGGACUACUUUGGACUACAAUAUACAGACAGUAAUAAUGUUCAGCAUUGGUUAGAUCCAACAAAACCCAUCAAGAAGCAAGUAAAAAUUGGCCCACCAUAUACGCUCAGACUCAAAGUAAAGUUCUAUUCCUCUGAGCCAAACACACUGCGUGAAGAAUUGACACGUUAUCAAUUCUUCCUGCAGUUGAAACAAGAUGUUCUAGAAGGUAGACUACACUGUCCACAUCAAGUUGCAGUUCAAUUAGCUGCUCUAGCACUACAGUCUGAAUUGGGAGAUUACGAUGCUGCUAUACACAGUGCCGCAACAGUUUCGGAAUUUCGUUUUGUGCCUGGGCAAACAGAGCAGAUGGAACUGGAGAUACUAGAGGAGUAUAUGAGGACCUCAGGCCUGAGUCCAGCGCAGGCAGAAUCCUCAUAUCUUAGCAAGGCCAAGUGGCUGGAUAUGUACGGUGUGGACAUGCAUACGGUGCUCGGCAAAGACGCUUGCGAGUACUCGUUGGGCUUGACUCCUACCGGCAUCUUGGUCUUCGAGGGCACGCAGAAGAUUGGUCUGUUCUUUUGGCCUAAGAUCGGUCGUCUGGACUUCAAGAAGAAGAAAUUGACGUUGGUGGUAGUCGAAGAGGACGACGAGGGCAGAGGCGAGCAGGAGCACACCUUUGUGUUCAGGCUAGUGAACGAGAAAGCGUGCAAGCAUCUGUGGAAGUGUGCAGUCGAGCAUCAUGCUUUCUUCCGUCUGCGUGCGCCGGUCAAGGGUGCCAGCGGCCGUCAGAACUUCUUUCGCAUGGGCUCGAGGUUCCGUUAUAGCGGCAAGACCGAGUUCCAGACGACACAGCUGAAUCGGGCGCGCCGCACUGUGCAGUUCGAGCGACGACCGAGUCAGAGGUAUGCGCGCCGGCAGAGUCAUGUCCUACGCGAGCGGCAGCGUCAACAAGUCGAGCAAACGCAACCUACCCCGCCUCCAGCCGAAGAAGAGCCUCUGCAGCGACAACCGAGUCGAUGCAGCACCAAGUCCUCGGACUCGAGCGUCCAAGGUACCUCUUCGCCCUUAGUGGACUCGCUACUGAAGUCUCUCGCUAAAGAUCAACAGCCUCUGGAGCCGAGGAAUCAGACUACGGUUGCCAGCAGUGAGAAGGAGUCGGAGCCUACGAAGACUAGCUUGACUGUCGAGACUAUUGCCAAUCAAGUGCAGCUAGUGCCGAACAAUCAAGUGGGCGGAACGUCGUCGUUGCCGCCGCGAACGCCGAUCCCGCCAGAGUCGCUUAAGUGUAACAUACUAAAGGCGACUCUCGAGCAGGGUAAGAACUCAAACUUGAUCUCUAUUACAUCGACGGACGCGCCUGGGAUCAUCACGAAAAAAAAUCAGCAUUCAGACGCGGCAACGAUAGUUUCUGUGGGCGGAGACAAGCUCACCCUCUCCGUGAGCGGAGCAACGACCGCGGUAAACCCCGCCACGGACGACACGGUGACCGUGACGCAUUUCUCGCUGGACAGCUGGGGUCAGAUCGAGCAGAAGACCACACCCUUGAGUCCGAAGGUGUCGAAUCAAUCGCAGAAUCCCUUCAAUCCGUUCACCAACGAUACUAGCAACGACAACGCUCUCGAGGCUGCCGAGGAAGAAACUAAGCCGGAGGAUGACAAACAGAAAAAUACGAAUCCGUUCAUCGACUCGAAUCCGUUCCUAGGCAUACUGAAUCCGUUCAAGGAGCUGCAACAACCGAUCGCGAUCGAGAGAAAGAUCGAAGCAGAGCCAGAAAAGGCCGGAGCGCGAGUCGUCAAGACGGAGGAGAUACAGACGACCACUACGACGCUCACGCACAAGGCUGCUUUGUAAACGCACUCAGUAUUAUAGGAACAGCACUCGGAAUCAAUUAGUGCCAGAUGUAUGUCCAGAAUACGAUCUCAGAGUUACAAUGUAUCGAAAUGUACUGAGGAAGGCUCUUUCCCGUAGGACGAAAGCCCGGCGGCAUCGGACAUCAGUCCCUGGCUAGUGGAGGAUCUGUUACAGAGUCCGGCACCUGAUCAAACGCCCACCAAGCAUACGGUCGUCACGAGAAAGACGGUGAUUACCACACAAUUAUAAAAUAUUUAUUGAAUACAAAGGACACGUAAUACAUCGGAUACAUACCACACGUACGUAUGUACAUACACGCAUACACUCACGUGCGACACAACGCGCUACAAGAUAGCGCUGACGUGUGUAAUUAUUCCGGUCUUCCUCAGAGACUGCCUGUGUCUUUUCUACUUUGACGCGCUUAUAUAGUGCGUAACGUCGGUACAUGACAGCUUGAACUAAAUACAUACACAAGUACUCGUUUGGAAAAAUAUUUUUUUUUACGAAAGGCUUCCAAAUUGUACUCAAGUGUAAAAGCAGGGGUGAAGCAUCGCUUUCAACUAAUACACAUUAUCAUUGUAAAUUCUCGCGUUAGUUAAUAAUAACGCGAUCGUUCGUUCUUUUCUCUACUUUUUAUGCCUAAGGACUCACGCGAUGCAACUCGCGUUCCAGAUUAUAAAUAAGUUUAGUCUAUUUGUAGCACCGCAUUCCUUAAUUGUACGAUGCAUUUGCCUUAAGCUAACGUGUCGAUAAAAACAAGUGUCCUUACAACCUGCCAAUAUGUAUUAUGAGUGCACACGCCGCAGUCUCUUCAUUUUAGCUGGGCUCUCCGUUUUUCACUCCCGUCUUUUUUUUUGGAAAAGAUAGACGUACACUAGGAUUCUGGAAAAGAUAGACGUACACUAGGAUUCUGGAAAAGAUAGACGUACACUAGGAUAAAUGCCUUUACACUUCCGGUAUCUGGAGAAUUGGACUUUUUCGAUCUGGCGCAUCUUUUCUCAGCAAACGUGAAUCGUGAUUGUUAGUUACUGAAAGAACCAACAACUAACUGUUCAUACUUACUGAGAAACGAUGUGCCAGGUCAAAAAAGUCCAAUUCUCCAAAUAUCGGAAGUGUAAAGGCAUUAAUGAAUCUUAGUGUACGUUCAAUUUGUUUCUUAGAAAAAAAAGUGCGGUGGAGUACAGCUAAGACGAGCGGACCUGCGUUUUUAACCGUGAGGCAACUAUAUUGCUCAUGUCUCGACAAUGAACAACAAUGAAUUUGAGUCAAUGCAUUUAUAUAUCAGCCCUCAUGAGCUAGCACUUUUGUGCUGCUUAGCCAUUGUGCCUUGAAAUUUGACAUGAGAUAGACAAAUACACGUGUUUACGCGAAUAUAUCAGACAAAGAAGAAGGGAAAAUGUGUUCGCUGUGACUGAUUAAAGAUAUAAGUAUUACAUUCCGCGCGUUACGGUAAAAUAUAUAUUAUAUCGCUUGUAUCACGAGUUACAUAUAAAUAAUUGUUAUGUAAGUAGACCUGGUCAUAAUUUUUGAGAACACUUUUAUCGGCGAGGAAUUGUAGAUUCAUUACGGAUCAUUGGGUGUGACUACUGACGAGGAAUCAGUAUUGGACAACACGACGAUGAUUAUACCUACCUACUACUCUCUUUUUAAGAUUUGUUCAUAGAUAAUGUCUCUUUAUCGUCAAUGUACUUAUGUACCAUAAUUCUUGCGACAAUAAUCGAGGAACAAAUAGAGGAUUACAACAUGUAUAAGUCGUCGUCAGUCUUAGGGCGGGGCACACUUCGUGCUCCAUUUAUACUACUACUAUAGCAAUCUAAAGAGCGACUACUAAAUUGGCGUUUAUACGAAACUGCAAACGAAUUUUCGAAUAAAAGUCUAUAUUUUUUUAUAUAUAUAAUUCGUUCCUCCGUUUCUGAGUCGUAUAUCCUUUCAGUAUGCCAUAAUUUUGAUACGAUUUAGAGAUUUAGAUCUAUCAGCGCGCGCCAGGUUGUUGUUACGUUAUACAGGAUGUCCCGCUUUUUCAGCCUGUAUUAUUGCGGAAUUUCAUUGUGUUCCGCGUAACAACAACCUAGCCGCUGCCGCCGCUUCGAAGUGAUAUGACGCUUUCACAUAGUACUUAAUGCGAGCAAUGCAUUUAAUCACACAAGCGGGACCACCAGUGUACUUAAUUAUCACGUAAAACGUUCGUUACAACGUAGAGAGGAAGUAGCUGGCCGCUUUAACUGGUUCGAUUUUAUGUUGCAUUCUUGCAAUAAGCCUAAACACAUUGUGUCUAAUACAUUACGAUAAUAUUUAACAUUAUUGCAACGUAUUGUAUCUGAUCGAAUAUUUUAUUGUAUUUAAUGUCAAGAAACCAACGACAUAUAUUAUAUAAUUUCAAAGCUAAUAUAUCUACAUUUAUAUUGUAGUGAAUUAUAUCGAUACCCUGAUGUAUUCCGUCCUAUAAAUGUUUACAAUAUACUCGAUGUUACGUUA